AUGUUGGAGUCCCUCUUCAGGAACCCGGCCUGGGCUGGGGCGUCCUCCUCCAAGUCCAAGCCCGCCCCCGUGGCUGGCGGCCCCGAGGGCCGCCCAACUAUGAUUGACAUCAGGCGGGCCAACAACGUGUCCAUCAUGAUGACGCGCUUCAAAGCCUUCCCCGGGGGCGUGGGGGGCAUGAUGCACGCCGUUCUCAGCUUCCAGGGGCUAACGUGGGAGGAAAUGGGCCUCAUUCGACAGAUAGCCCCGAAGAAGGGGGAAAGAAAGGACUUCAAGGACUUUGGGGGCGCGCCGCAGGAUCUGACGGCGGCCGAGCGAGUGCUGCUGCAGAUGAACCAAGUGCCCAGGUUGAAGGCCAAGUGCCGCGUGGCGCUGUUCAUCAUGAAAUGGGAGGAGCUCCGCAACGAGAGCGUGCAGGCGCUGGACACCGUCCAGGCCGCCUGCCAGGAGCUUCGUCGGAGCUCCCGCCUCCAGAGCGUCCUCUCAUGCGCCCUGACCGUGAGUGCCCCUUUCGCGCAACACCACCCGCUCACAGACCUGCCAUUGCCCCUGCCCGCCCAUGGACACCGCGGCCGCCAUUUCAUCCAAGGCGAUACCCUGGACGGGGGCACAGCAGCCACACUUUCUAGCCCCGCCUGUGCUUGGCUGCGCAGCUGCCCCCAUGCCUGCUUUCUCCACCCAUUCUACUAA